CCGCCCGCCGCAGAGCGGGGCUCCAGCGUCCCGACGGUGCGCGGCGGCCGGACCGGGCUAGCUGGCGGGCGGAGCCGGGCCCGCGGGGCUGCCGCGGGGCGAUCGGGCCGGGCUGCGGGCGGCGCCAUGGGCCCUUGCGUCCAGCCUGAGUUCCAGCCUCGCUGAGCCGACCGCCCUGUGAGCUUCCUCCUGCGGAAGCGUCCCCAGGCGCUGACCAUGUCUAUUAUGGACCACAGCCCCACCACGGGCGUGGUCACGGUCAUCGUCAUCCUCAUCGCCAUCGCGGCCCUGGGGGCCUUGAUCCUGGGCUGCUGGUGCUACCUGCGGCUGCAGCGCAUCAGCCAGUCGGAAGACGAGGAGAGCAUCGUGGGGGAUGGCGAGACCAAGGAGCCCUUCCUGCUGGUGCAGUACUCCGCCAAGGGACCGUGCGUGGAGAGGAAGGCCAAGCUGACCCCCAGCGGCCCAGAAGUCCACGGCUGAGCCGGGAUGCCGAGGCCCCCAGGCCCGCUUGCAGCCGGUGCGGAGGCGCGGGCGGGGGCCGCUGAGAGGCGGGGCUGACGCUUGCUGGCACGGCCUCGCCGGGCUUCGUCACCGCAUGCACGGACUCCCGACGUCCUGGCCGUCCUGAGCCAGGACCCGGUGGCCCCGGGCGUCCCCUCGGCCUCCUGGUGGGACUGCCCAUUGCAGGCAGUGGGCAGGCCUGACCUCGCCGGGGCUCUCGACCCCGUAGCGCUCUUGUUACUUGAAUGUUUAGCUGAGCCUGUUCCGGAAGGAGCUACUUCUGUAAUGCGGGGACUCACAACCCUCUGAAGUGUAAAUAGGCCCUGGAAGCAUGUGCUUAGAGCCUCGUUUGCUGAUUUUUAACGAUACCGUGUAGAGCACGUGGGACCGUAGCGAUGAUGAGCCGUCGCAAGGCUCCGCCGGGGGCGGGGGCCUGGGACACGGGAGGGCCUGCGGUGCACGGCGCAGGGGUCUCCACACGGGCGUGUGCAGGCAGAGGACGUGACCCGUCCAUUCUCAGUGUCGUGGCUCAGCAGCUGGGGUGCUGUGGGGAUUUCUGCUUGGCUGGCAACGGAUGGAGGAACCACACGCCCCUGCUUCGGUCGCCGGAGACCAGUUCCCGUUGAGAGCGGAGUCACUGCAAGGAGGCCUCUGCCCCUGGCGAGCCGGUGAAGGACGAGUCAGGGCACGCGUCCCGAGGGCUGCCGGGCGGCCUGGCGGCGGAGCAGUUUCUCGAGCAGGCCGAACACUGCCCCCCCCCCCCCCCCCCGUGCUGUCCCCCUCCCUGGCAUCACUUAGCGCAGGCUUCGUUGGAAACACCAGAGCCCGUGGCCCCAACCUUCAUCUGAAACCCAGCCGGCCCGGGAAAGAGGAACUCGUGCUUUUUUGUUUGUUGUAUUUAGUAUUUUCUGCACUGGAGGGUGGGGGGAGGUUCGAGGGGUUUUUCCCUCCCCCGUUCACACAUUAGUUUCCUUUCUUCUCAGAGUACCACCCACCUGCUGGGUCCCAGGCCCCUCCUUCCCUGGCGGGCCACCUGGGAGAGUACCCUGACCUGGCUCGGAGAGCCCCGAGUGCGGCCCAGGGUUGUGAGCACAUCACCUGCCUGACGGCCCCUGGUACGGGGCGCCUGGGGGAGGGUGCGGAGGGGGGUGGGGGGAGAGUGAGUGUCAGGUUCAGGACCGGGUUUCCACGAAGAUGAGUUGGUGGCUGUCUCGGUGGGGCCGGCACCCCCAAAGCCUGCAUCCCCAAGGCGUCCCACUUGGGUGAACUCGCUAAGAUUGUGAAUCCCAAUCCCGAAGCACAUCCUCAGCUAUGGUGAUUAAAACGUGGCUUGUGUAGGCAUCCUUCGUAGUAAACUGGGGGCCGGCCCGGGCUUCACCUGGGAGCCCUGGCCCUCGGCGGCUUCCACCCCACUCCCAGCCCACCCCUUCCUCCUCCCAAGCUCUGGCGGCCUGCUCAGGCUGGCCGAGGCUCCUCUGGCCUCACCAAGUCUCCUCAACAAAGCAUGUUGAACUCAUCUACUUUCUGGAACCCCCAAGGAAGGAGCUUAGGGAACACUUCAUUUUGGCGGCACUUAAACUGGGGGUCAAACGUGAAGUAUCAGCUCGGGGGGAGGGAGGAGGGUAGCUCUUUAGCCGGGUGAGCUGAAGGCAGGAAUGAGAUGCCCCAGGGGGCUACCCAGGAGCCCGGGCAAGGCGGCUGGGCCUUAUUUAGCCCAGGAGAGAUGUCGGCCCCUAAAUGGGGAUGGCCGAGCCUGAGAAGUCAGGCAAGACCCCCUCGGAGCCCCCGGAGGCCGGAGGGGGCCAGCUCGUUCCAAGAUGCUGGGCAGGAGAUCAGGGAGAUAGCUGGCCUUCUGCUGAAGGGCCCUCCAGACAAACGUGGAAGGCGUCGGGGUGUCUGAUCUGUUCUCCCCGCAUUUCAGAACUUCCAGGCUUUCUACCUCUCCUUCCCGCAGCCAGCCAUCAGCGCACACCCAGGUUGCGUCCCCUUGGGGAGCCGAGGACCCCAGGGCUGACCCCGAGCGGGGUGGUCCCAGGGAGGUUUGGGUUUUGAAAUGAUGAACCGCCACUUUGUCCUGGGUUCCGCUCCCGGCGGGUCCUCGAUCCCAUGAUGCCCCAGUUGCCAGGGGUGACAUCCCUGCCGUGGCAGUGGGUGCCCGGUCAUGGUCACAGGCACAGCGGGGCACCAGUGGCGGGGGGGGUGUCUCUGUGGGGCCAUUGGGAGUGCCUGGAGAGGCCGAGAACCACCACAUAAUAGGACUCAUUGUUCCUGGAUCGACAGCUACUUUUUUUUUUUUUUUUUUUUUAGCGUAGAGGCCAGAGCCACAAACCACAUGGCUUAGUCACGGCCUCUCAUUCAGUUCUCUCUCAGGAGCCCGACUGUUGUGCUGAGGUCUUCCAAUGGGCCGGUCAGGAAAUCAGCCUUUCAUCCCGAGAGUCCUCGCAGAAGCAACGGGGGGGGGGGGGGGGGGACCCCGGUGGCUGAACCGCUGAGACGCCGACCGAUGUUUCAGCCACAUCUUCAAACG